CAGCGCCCCGCCCCCCGCGCCCGCGGCUCCUCCUCGCUUCGCCAUGGUGGAGCACGGCGACGCGGCGCCGCUGCUGAGCUGGGCCGAGGGCCCCGCCGUGUCCCCGCCGCAGGGCCCUGAGCUGCAGGCUGGAGGCUGGGUCCGGGGCGGCGGUGGGGGCGCUCGGCCGGCCGCGGAGCCGUCCCGGAGGCGGGAGCCCGGGGGACCGGCACCCCCCGAGGUACUGUUGCAACCCGGGCGCCUGGAGCUGAGCGACGUGGAGGAGGACCAGGUGGUGGCGGUGUUUGUGGUCACCUUCGAUCCACGCUCGGGAAACAUGGUGGAAUGGUGCUUACCUCAAGAUAUUGAUCUCGAAGGCGUUGAGUUCAAGUCUAUGGCCAGUGGGUCCCAUAAAAUCCAGUCUGAUUUCAUCUAUUUUCGAAAGGGACCCUUCUUUGGCCUGGCCUGCUUUGCCAACAUGCCCGUGGAGAGCGAGCUGGAGCGCGGUGCCAGGAUGAAGUCUGUGGGCAUCCUCUCUCCUUCCUACACCCUGCUCUACCGGUACAUGCAUUUCUUGGAGAACCAGGUUCGGCAUCAGCUAGAGACGCCAGGACAUUAUUCUCAUCUGGCUGCAUUCUAUGAAGACAAGAAAGGGGUGCUCCAUGGGGGACCCGGGAGAGGCAGCAGCCUUCCCCCUGUCUACUGGCUGCCUUCCAUCCACCGCUACAUGUAUCCCGAGAUGAAGAUCACACACCCUGCUGGCUGCAUGUCUCAGUUUAUCAAGUUCUUUGGAGAGCAGAUCCUCAUCCUCUGGAAGUUUGCCUUACUCCGGAAGCGUAUUUUGAUAUUUUCUCCCCCACCUGUGGGCGUUGUGUGCUAUAGAGUGUACUGCUGCUGCUGCCUGGCCAACGUCUCGCUGCCUGGCAUCGGGGGCACUAUCCCUGAGUCCAAGCCCUUCUUCUAUGUGAACGUGGCUGACAUAGAGAGCCUGGAGGUAGAAGUGUCCUAUGUGGCCUGCACUACAGAGAAGAUAUUUGAGGAGAAGCGGGAGCUGUACGACGUCUACGUGGAUAACCAGAAUGUGAAGACUCACCACGACCACCUGCAGCCCCUGCUGAAGAUCAACAGUGCCGACAGGGAGAAGUACAGGCGGCUCAACGAGCAGAGGCAGAUGUUGCUGUACUCCCAGGAGCUGGAAGAAGACUACAACCCUUGUGAGGAGGACCUCUUUGUGCUGUUUUUUCUAGAGCAGAACAACCGGAUAUUUCAGACUUUGUUGGAGGUGUCUGCCAGUCAGGACAAAACUCUGACAGCAGAGCAUGCCCGAGGCAUGGGCCUGGACCCGCAGGGGGACCGGAGCUUUCUCAUGGACCUGCUGGAGGCCUACGGGAUCGACGUCAUGCUGGUCAUUGACAACCCGUGUUGCCCAUAGGAAGAGUGGCGCGGGAUUGGUGAGCCACACACGUAGGAUGACAGCAGCCUGAGUGCACCCCAGGCCCCGUCAGCCUGGUUUUUAAUUAAGCUGACACAAAGGAAGAUUGUGUAUACUUUCCAACAACUGUGAUUUUCACAAUUUCCUUUCUUCCCUUCAUGUCUAGAGGCUAGAUGGCCUUGGUUUUGCAGCCUGCUUUGGUAGCAGAUGGGAAUCUAUAGUCUCCCAGAAUGGCUGGUCUUCAGAUUUGGUCUUGGAAGAUCUGUCCCUAGGAGUGAGCCAGGCUCUGGAAACUUUGGGGUGGACCACCAGAAAGUCUGUCUUUGUCCCUUGGUGCAUUCAGGAAUACAACAAGCAUCUGUCCUGUGUGGCCUUAAACAUUCAUCUGCCCAAAGGCAGAAACUAGUUCAGAUGGCCUUUCAAGGUCAUCGAGUUCCAGGAGUCCAUAGUCAUGGGAUCAAACCCCUCUUCCUGUUGUUCACAUCUCUUCUGUUCACUCGAGAAGGGACCAAUGAGAGAGAUCAAAUGGUGUUUCUUACACAACUGUGAGAUUCUCAAAGGCAGUGAAUGGUGGCCAUCUGAUGUAACACUCGUCCUGUGACUCCCGUGUGCAAGGAAAUUCAUUGUACAGUUUAGUGGCCUGGUAUCUGUCAAAUGUGGUGCAGUGGAUGCACUAGCUGCCGCAGAACCGAAUUUCUCCACUUGGAUGAGGAUUCCCUGGAAGGACUGACAACAGCCCCCUUGGAUCAGAGAGAUCCAUUGGACUGGGAAGUCGCAGGAUCUGCUUGAGCUGGUGGACUCGUAGGUUGGAGCACGCAGUGUUAACGGGGCUGUUUACCCUGCACAGCCCUCACAUGCAGCAAAGGUGACAUUCCUUAGGUUCAUAGUUGGGUCCCGACCUAACCAAUUUGUUAGCAAGUUUGGCAGUGCCUUCCCCCAGGAGAGUGGUCAAGAAGUUGUGAGUGCACACAAUAUUCUUACCUGCUUUCCAGGGAAAUGUUUGCUGUCUGGGACGGGUCCCGUAUUUGCCCAGCUGUUCUCUUGAGCUGGCUUAUUCGAUGACUACAAGAUUAGAUCAGAGAGCAGUUGGUAACCAUAGUCUGAAAGCCAUCUCCUGUGAGUAGAAUUUGGAAUUUGACUUGGAAUCUUGGGUUAUUAGUAACAAAUAAUCUCUUCUCGUCUUUGCUACGUGGCUCUCGUUAUUGAGCCAUCUUGUCUUGAGUAGCUAUCAGUGUGCUCAUCGUCUGUGCCCAAGCCAGGCUUACUGUACAGCAGAGAAAAUAACCUUCAAAUGAAUGGGUCAUGUCUUCCUUGACCUGUUUCAUGUUCUUAGCUCAAAAGUGUUUUCACUGUAGCUCCUUGGUACAGAAUUCAAGAGCGAAGAAAUUCGUGUGUACAGAAAUGCAGAGAGACACUGAUUAAGCAGGGUAGCACCUUCUAUGUAGACACAUAAAUAAUUUUGAGUGUUGGAAGGUAAACUGUACAACUAAUACAUUUAUUCUGUGCAGUGUGGGUUUAGCUAUCAUUUCAGUAACAUGUUUACAAAGGAAAACACAUUUGUAUUUAGCAGUAAAGUUUCACUUUUUUUCCCUUUCUGGGCAGCUGUGCCUCCUGCCCUCACAAGGCUGAGAAUGACUGGCUCAGUUAGGUCAGGACUUGUAGUGGCGUCUGGGUUUGGGGUUUUCUGGUUUGGAGGUGGGUGGCUGGAGACAGGGAUAGGGGUGAAAGGAAGGGCCUGAUUGUCCUGGGUCCCAGGCAGACUCUCUAGAUCCAGGAGGUUUGCUAGGAGGAUCCUAUUAUCAAGCACUUCUGUCCCAGGGCCUUCUGCCUAUGAAAACUGCUUCCAGCACUGUUUUGCUGUAAGCUCAGAUGUACUGGUGUAACGACAGCAAGAGUACGAAAGUGGUGCCUGGAUUUUCCUUUAAAUGGCGAGUCAGGGUUUGUGGGUGCCUUUUAACCAGGCACCUCUCUGCCUAGCACCUUCCUGUGUCCCCCAUGCGUGUGCAAUGUGGAUAGCCCCAUGGCAGGGCCACAUUAGGUCACAGGGCCUGGGCUCAGCUGACUGGGAGCAGAACUUUUCCCUCAGUUCUUCCUGCUUUGCUGGCUUCCUCUGGUACCGGAAGUCAAGUGCAAAGGCUCUGCUUGGCUGGACUACGUGUUAGCUCCGCACCAUCCUGUGCUGCUGCCCAUCAUCUCGAAUGUCUGCCUGGGCCGGGAAGCCUCUGGCUUCUGAGGUUGCCCUUUGAAGCCUCAUUUGGUACCAGUUCGUAUUCCCCACAGCAGAUCCAACAGGCAUAGACCAGCGUCAUUUAUUGCCAGUUCCCACAAGGGGCUCAUUUGUGAGCAAGAAUCUGUCUGCAUGACAGCAGAAGCAAAGAGCCACAUGGACUCACUUUUUUUUUUGUCAUUCUUGAAACAUUUAUUGAAAAGCCAUCUAUCUUUGUUGGAAAGAAAUGGUGAACAUGCUUGACAGCUUGUAGGCCUUUGAGCUGAGCGCGGUAUAUGGCAGGCAUCGUCCUCACUAACAGUGCGUGAGAGCUGGGCUGGGAACCUGUGACGCAGCUCUGCACAUGGUGCACAAAGCCCUCAUCUGUUCUUGCCUAGGCGUUCUUAGUCCCAGGAUGCUGUAACCCUGACUGAGUGCUGUGCUAUGAACCACUGCUCAUCAGGAACAUUGGCAACCUGUGAUGCAGGGGCUGCCCACGCAUUCCUGAGUUAGAGGAGAUUCCCGGUGGCAAGAACCCUGUGGGAACUGGCAGCCAGGCUCUGUCAGUAGCUGUGCUGAAUAUGAUAAAGGCCUGUUAAAGUGGGUGUUUUCAAUUGUGUAAGGCUCAGCAGCUAGUAAUACUCAACCUCUGGGGCAAUAGGCAGUUAUUAGCUGGCAUAGGACUCUUUCUUCAAGAGUCAGAAAUAGUACAGCUUUAUCUCCUACCAAUCUGAAAAGUAUACACCAAUGAUUGCGUAGCAUCAUUUGAAUAUGAAGCCAGCCUUAUGCAUGGUGUGGACCCACAUGGAUGUCAGUGUCCCCCUGACUGAAUCCUUGGUCAGUUAUGAGUCCAUGACUUAGAAGGCAUCUGCCUCCCAAACCCACCAUCCAUUCUGGGACCUCUUUUUCCAUCUGGCCAGGGAGAGCAGCCCACUUCAUUGUCACAUGGACAACUGGACAAGGACGGUGAUUUAGCCGGGGAUUCUAAAAUGUGUAGCUUACAGGGUUAUAAAUCAGAGGAAAAUCAAGAUGAGAAAAGUAAAAGUAGCAUCCAGGUGCAGAUGGUGCUGGCUGCCAUAUGAGAUUUGUUUAUUGUGUGACUACCUAUGGCAUUUUAGCUAAAAGAUAAAAGGUAAAUUAACCCAUCGGUGAAUCACUGUUCUCAUCCUGGUGGCCAGGAGGGUGAACUUGCUAUCUGUCUUGAUACACUGGAAGCCCUUCCAACACAAUAACAAGUGAACUUACUCAUUUUCCACUGAGGCCUUCAGGGAACCUUUUGUAAAGGUGAUAAUGAAUUAACCUUUUUGUAGCAGGAUAUUAACCUCUAGGAAGAGGCAGGGACAUUAGGGACUGUGUGUUUCCCUUUGUAACUGCAUAGCCGAGGGAAUGGACUAAGAUGCUCUGUCUGGCGCUGGAGGUAAAUGUGGGAGUGGAUGGAUGAAAACAGUGACCUAGUCCUAGAAUGGGGGAAGAAUUCAAAAUGGGCAAAAAACUAAUAUGGACCCAACAAUCUCCACUGCUUGUAUGUCCGUUAAGUUCCAGGCUGGUGAGCUCGGAAUCCCAGCUGUCUGGCCUUCCUAUGUCCUCUGCAUUCCUCAAGUGAUGGCCGGGGUGAGAAUCCUGAGAGCUACAGGCUCACCUCGCAGGCUCAAUCCCAUCCCUUCUCAUUUCAGGAAAACCUUUUCCAAUUCAGGUUGGGGGAGGGAGGAGGGAAGGGCUCCUUUUACCCCCAAGUCAUGGACUUUUAAUACCCCUGCUAAUAUACCUCUGUUCCCAGGACCUACUAGAGCACCAAGUGUGAUGGGAAAAGACUGUGAAUUAAGUUAAUGUUUUGUUUGUUUGUUUAUUUUAGAAUGGAAGUUUAUUUUUAUAUCAAUGUUAUUAUGAACUGAGUAUGGAGAUGUUAGAAUGGGAGGAAAUUUCAACAGUUAUUAUAGGACUAUAAUCCUAGAAGAAAUGGGCAGUUUUGUAAUUUAGUAGUGGUUGAGGCCCUUACAAGCUUGACUAUGUAAAUGUUUCCAAGAUUAAGGACAUUGACCUAUGUGAUUUUUGUCACAGCACUCCCAGACAUAAACAGGACGGCCCAAGAAGGAAGACACAAACACCCAGCCUUAGGAAAUGUCUAGGACAGAAAUUCUGUUUAUCAGGACCUCAGUCAGCUGGAGAGAGGCAGAAAUCAAUCAGAGGUCCUUUAACUGGCACUUUAAUUCAUUUUACAAGUUGGAAUUUAGAAAUAGCUGCAAUGUGGAAAGGGAAGAAGAAUUUUUUGGUAUUAUACAGAAGUGAAGAUGGAUAAAUCCCUGCUUCUACCUUUUUAGAAUUUAUUCUAGAAUGUCAGUAUAACAUGGGGUUUUAGAGGUAGCGUGACUUAAACUCAGAAGGUUUAUUUAAUACUAUGGUAGAUGGGUGUGACUUCUGUUUACUCUAGAAGCCUGCAUAGACUAAUGAGGCACUGACCUUGCUUUCUAAGGACAGUCAGGGUAGAGGGGUAUGAUCGGGCAUUAUAAAUUGGCCAGAGAUGAUGCAAUAAAUGAAAAAUCCACCCAGAGGUAAUUGAAUUAGCUGACUGCAAGUAGAUUUGACAUUAGAAUGAGAACUUUCACUGGGUAAAUCAAGCAAAGAUAAAGUACCAAAAAAGUUUUAAGGUGGCAUUGAGGGGGGAUUCAGGUCUGGGAUGCCUGUCACGGCCCCAGUGGGACAAGCUCCAGAUGCUGUGCUUCUGAACAGAUUGGCUGGAACUCAGGGGCUCAGAGCAGGCACAAAGUGGAUGUCCUUUAUUUACCCAAAGCUUGUUGACUAAUUUCCUUUUUUAUAGAAGUAGGGGAUAUAAACCUUUCCAGAAAAAGAAGUCAUGGUAACCUUAGCAAACGUAUUUUCCUGGUUUUUCCAAUUUAAGAUCAGUAUAGCUUCUCUGUUGCCUUAAAUGUAAAAACCCUAUUUUGAGUAAUACCCAAGCCUAAGAAUUGUAGCAAUAAGAGAAACUGAAUCUACUUUUGUUUCAAGUUUUUACUUCAUGUGAUGAAAUCAGAAAGAUGCUUCCUAAGUUUCACCCUGGAUACUACCGCAGACAGGUGUGUGGUUCUGUGUUCAGUGGUGACGUAAGUUAAAGGCCGGGGACUUUAACUAAUGAGACUAAAUGUUUCUCGCCCUGAUCUUGCUCUGUGGUACAGUUAGUAUCUCUGUAUAUCAUACCUGUAUAUAUCUGAACUAAGUUGUGUGCAGAGGUUGAUAUAUUUCCAGGAAACAAUUUUUACGAUUAAAGUUCACAUUUUAACAUGAA